AUGUCGUUUGAAGAUCUUUCUAUUUUAAGAUAUAGCAGCUCCUAUGUGCAACCAAGCGGAACAGAUUUUAAAGAGGAACACCCAAGGAACUUCCAGGCCAAGUUUCGACAAUUUCCACAAAUGAUUUCAGAGGAGAUAUUGUUUGAAGAAAGUUGUGGACCCUUUAGUGUGAGUAGUGUGUUUGUGAGAGAUCCGCCACGACGGGAGUGGGAGCGGGGAGCAGGAGCAGGAGCGGAGCAGAUUGCAAUGGCCCAUUCGAGGACAAAGGAGAAUCUGUUGCCGAAAAGGUCAAGGAUCAAGUACAAACCAGAGCAGAUUGAGGUGUUGGAGAGAGUGUUUGAAGAGAACCAUUACCCCGAUACAUUACAGCAAGAACGGCUUGCCCUUGACCUUGAUAUAACAUUGGACAGAGUAUCAAUAUGGUUUCAGAACAGAAGGUCGAAAUUUAAACGGCAGCGUCAGGCAGAUCACAUGACCUGGAUGCGUAAACAGAUUUACCGAAGCACAGACUAUGAAAAUGGCGGCAAUGUGUUUGAAACGCCAAAACUACCGGCACUGUCGUCUGCUUGUCACGUUCUGAGUCCUAUAGAGGCACGUGUGCCGAGGGACGACAACAUAGCAGAUACGCAUUCUGGAUCUUCAAGUCCUUACAUGUGGAAUAGUGCAACAGCCGAAUGCACGAGACCACUAUUUCACAAUGACAACUACCAGCAACGUGCGCCGACAACUUGCCACUACAAUAUAGACCCGUCUUCUGCCUCAACUUGCUUGUCCGCACCUUCUCGGCUAGCAGCUGACUCCACCAGCACACCUCCUGCUAUGAUACAGCAAACGUAUAUGCCAUUGUUUGACAUGUUUCAUAUCUUUUCACCAACCACUGCGCCAUUUCAUGUGCCCAGUAUGCACACCCUCGCUCAGAGUCACGUGACAAGAUCUCGUCUGGAUGAGAGUGAAUUAAGCAGUUUCACAGUUUCUCCUCAACACCAGUUAUUUAAACCUGACUUUAACACUUACAUAAAACAUGAGGAUUCUUCAAAUCACAGUGUCUCUAGUAAUGCUUACACAGAAAAGAACAAUCACAGUUCGUCUGCUGCAGAUAAACAGAAAUUCGGAUGGUUAGAUUCGGAUUCGGACAGUAGCCCAACGAAUGACAAGACUCUAGAGUGUCUGGCACAGUGGUGUUAAAAACUGGGAAUGGUCUCUGAUGUUGAAUUGUUAAAAUUGUGACAAUUACUUAUAACGAACUGAACUGAUACAUGGUUGGAUACCCCAACCAUAUCCCCACAUGGAUUAUUAUGAAACCUACAUUGUAGAGGCUAGAAGGUACUUCACUCAGAUUUGAAAAUGCCACUAUUAUGUUUUUCAGUAAAUACAUUACACCGUUGUCAUGUUAUUAUUAUGUACAUUACACGUUUAAGUGAUAUUAUAACAUCACCGACGGCAAGACAGUGUUGACUAUUUUAAAGUUUUUUAUGUAACUUAAAGGGACGCCACCAAAUGAAAGUAUGUCAACUCUUCUCAAAUCUAUGAAGUACUUCAAUUUCUGAAGUAGUUGUAUAUAAAGACGGAGUAACAUCCCUUUAGAGCAUUAAUUUACGUAAAUAAAACGGACUAUACUUAAAUAAGCAUGCUAUUUUCUACAGUUUUAAUAAUAAUUAUCAUUUAGUGC